GUGAGUUUGUACAAAGCGUUUAGAAUUGACAGCUCCCAAGCGUCUUUCCGUCGUCCCGCCCCAUAAACGUUCCUGCGCGAUGACGUCAUCAGCCGCCGUCAGACAGAUUCGACGAAAGCUCACGGAAGAUGCAAAAGAAGAAGGACCCGCUGCUUGUCGAGUGUCAACCCCCCUGUGAAGAUGAGACCAUGGUUCCGGUAUUGACUUCGAAAAGAGCCAGUGAACUUGCCGUGAACGAAGUUGCCUGUGUGUUGCAGGCUGACCUGCAGUUUGGUCUCACCCAGGAGGAGGUUGAACGACGCCGCGCUUACCAUGGAUGGAACGAGUUUGACAUCAGUGAAGAUGAACCACUCUGGAAAAAAUAUCUCUCUCAGUUUAAGGACCCGCUCAUCCUGUUGCUGUUGGCUUCCGCUGUCAUCAGUGUGUUGAUGCGGCAAUUUGACGAUGCUGUCAGUAUCACCGUGGCCAUUAUUAUUGUUGUUACAGUUGCCUUUGUACAGGAGUACCGCUCAGAAAAAUCCCUUGAGGAGCUGGGAAAACUUGUGCCUCCAGAAUGCCACUGUAUUCGAGAAGGACAUCUAGAACACCUUCUGGCACGAGAGCUUGUCCCUGGAGAUACCGUCUGUUUGUCCGUGGGAGAGAGAGUCCCGUCUGACCUACGACUGUUCGAGGUGGUGGAUCUGACAGUUGAUGAGUCCAGCCUGACAGGAGAGACCGCCCCCUGUCCCAAGACCUCUGCCACUCAGCCGGCUGCCACCAAUGGCGACAUCACGUCCCGCAGUAACAUUGCUUUCAUGGGAACGCUGGUGCGCUGUGGGAAGGCCAAGGGCAUUGUCAUUGGUACUGGAGAAAAUUCAGAGUUCGGGGAGGUUUUUAAGAUGAUGCAAGCAGAGGAGGCUCCUAAAACUCCCCUGCAGAAAAGCAUGGAUUUGCUAGGGAAACAGCUCUCCCUCUAUUCCUUUGGGAUUAUCGGGGUGAUCAUGAUUGUUGGAUGGUUUCAAGGGAAGUACAUUCUUGACAUGUUCACUAUUGGCGUCAGCCUGGCCGUGGCAGCUAUCCCAGAAGGCCUCCCUAUCGUAGUGACGGUCACUUUGGCACUGGGCGUGAUGAGGAUGGUAAAGAAGCAGGCCAUCGUCAAGAAACUGCCCAUAGUGGAGACACUAAGCUGCUGUGAUGUCAUCUGUUCAGAUAAGACGGGCACCCUCACUAAAAAUGAGAUGACUGUCACUCACCUGUUCACAUCUGAUGGACUGAAUGCUCAGGUCAGCGGCAUUGGGUACAACAAUGUUGGUGAGGUUACGAUGGACGGAGACGUGGUGCACGGUUUUUCCAACAUCUCCUUCACCAAAAUUGUGGAGGCUGGCUGCGUGUGCAACGAUUCAGUGAUCAGAAACAACACGCUGAUGGGACGUCCCACCGAAGGAGCUCUCAUCGCCCUGGCUAUGAAGAUGGGUUUGGAGGGCCUGCAACAAGAGUUUGUGAGGUUGGAAGAGAUUCCCUUUUCCUCGGAGCAGAAGUGGAUGGCUGUGCGUGUCGUCCAUCGCACUCAGCAGGACAAGCCUGCAGUGUUCUAUGUAAAGGGCGCCUACGAGCAGAUUAUCCGUUUCUGCACAACCUACAACAGUAAAGGUUUUGCUCAGCCUUUGACCAAUCAGCAGAGAGAGCUCUACGUGCAGCAGAAGAGCUAUAUGGGCACUAUUGGCCUCAGAGUGCUGGCAUUUGCGUCUGGAUCUGAGAUGGGUAAUCUAAAUUUUUUGGGGCUUGUGGGCAUUAUCGACCCUCCCCGGGUGGGAGUGAAGGAGGCUGUGGCGACGCUCAUCGGCUCUGGGGUGGCUGUAAAAAUGAUCACAGGGGAUUCCCAAGAAACUGCUGUGUCAGUCGCUAGUCGACUGGGAUUCUACACCAAAGGUUCCCAAUCCCUGUCUGGAGAAGAAGUCGAUCAAAUGGAAAUCAAUCAGUUGUCGGAGAUGGUGCCCAUGAUAGCAGUAUUCUACAGAGCCAGCCCCAGACACAAGUUAAAGAUAGUUAAGUCCUUACAGAACAUCGGUGCGGUCGUUGCCAUGACAGGAGAUGGUGUUAAUGACGCGGUCGCCCUAAAGGCAGCGGACAUUGGCAUAGCUAUGGGUAAGAGCGGUACUGAUGUCUGCAAAGAAGCUGCAGACAUGAUCUUGGUUGACGAUGACUUCCAAACUAUUAUGUCUGCCAUUGAAGAGGGGAAAGGCAUUUACAACAACAUUAAAAACUUUGUGCGUUUUCAGCUGAGCACGAGCAUUGCUGCCCUCACUCUCAUUUCCCUUGCAACCCUUAUGAACUUUCCCAACCCUCUAAAUGCCAUGCAAAUCCUCUGGAUCAACAUCAUUAUGGACGGCCCUCCGGCUCAAAGUUUGGGCGUUGAACCCGUCGAUCCGGACGUGAUCAGGAAACCCCCGCGAAACGUGCGAGACAGCAUCCUCACUCGUAGUCUGAUAUUGAAGGUCCUGGUGUCGGCAUUCGUCAUUGUGUGUGGGACCCUGUUUGUGUUCUGGAGAGAGCUGCGGGACAAUGAGAUCACACCACGGGACACCACCAUGACUUUCACCUGUUUUGUGUUCUUCGACAUGUUCAACGCUCUCAGUUCCCGAUCACAGACACGAAUGGUGCAUGAGAUGGGCUUAUGUAGUAACAGGAUGUUUUGCUAUGCUGUACUGGGCUCCAUCAUGGGCCAACUUCUGGUCAUUUACUUUCCUCCCCUACAGAAGGUCUUUCAAACAGAGAGCCUCAGCAUUUUAGAUCUGCUGUUCCUGGUCGGCCUGACAUCUUCCGUUUGUGUGGUGUCGGAAGUUAUAAAGAAAUUAGAAAGACUUCGAAAAUGUCGAGAGAAAUCUGUGGACAAUGAUGAUUUCCAUGAAGUAUGACACACAUUGUGUCUUUUGCAUAAGACAGUGGGAUGGGCUGGAGUGUUUUGGAACGUCAUCCAGGGCGCUCUCGUACCAUAACAGACAACUCCCAGUGGGCCAUCAGGUCUGACCUGUAUGUUCAGUUCUUUAUCAAGAUCAAGGAGCUGAUUUUGGAGGAACAAUGGUAGCCCUGAGUGUCUUUGAGACUCCCAUUAGCCCGUGAAGAUGCUGUGGUGUGCUGCUUUAUGACUGUACUACUUUCCAUGGCAUCCGAACGAACUUUAUUUAUGAAAUACUGUAUCUGUCCAUACAGUGACUAUCUUGAUUCAAGAUUGAAGGGAUGUAUUAUGAUUUUUAAAUGUUGAAAUUAUUAUUCAAAUGUCCUUAGAGGUUUGUGGAUCAAUAUGAAUAA